CGCCUCAUUCGCUGAGCGGGUCCGUGAAUUGUCAGCGCGCUCCAGGCGACUGCUGAGUCGGGCGGCCGCCGUGCUUGCGACGAUCCCCGUCAGGUGCCCGACUAGCUCCAAUGAGCCCAGGUCUUGCGGGGCGCAAGCAGCAGGCGGUUCAGGGAAACUUGGGAUUGAGGAUCUGCAGCAGGGGCGUGGAUUUGGCGUCUGCACUGGGCCAGGAGGGUGAGGCUCAGCUGUCACCUGAGGCAAAUGUUCUUCUGAAAUCACUCAGGAGACCGAGAAUUUAAAUGCCAUCUCCCUGACUCCGAGUCCAUCUUUAUAACCUUCAUAGAGCUACUGAAAGCCCACGGAUAGCCAGCCACAGUCCUUGGGAUGGAAAUCCUCUAUGAAUGUGGAAGCCAUUAGCAGAGUAAUUGCUGUCUGUUGCCAUGACAACCAGCCGCUGCAGUCACCUGCCCGAAGUCUUGCCAGACUGCACCAGCUCAGCCGCGCCUGUGGUGAAGACUGUGGAGGAUUGUGGCAGCCUGGUGAAUGGGCAGCCACAGUAUGUCAUGCAAGUCUCAGCCAAGGACGGGCAGUUGCUGUCAACCGUAGUGCGGACUCUUGCCACCCAGAGCCCCUUCAAUGACCGGCCAAUGUGCAGGAUCUGCCAUGAAGGCAGCAGCCAAGAGGAUUUGCUCUCUCCAUGUGAAUGUACGGGGACCUUGGGGACAAUCCAUCGGAGCUGCCUGGAGCAUUGGCUGUCAUCCUCAAAUACCAGCUACUGUGAACUCUGCCACUUCAGGUUUGCAGUCGAGCGCAAACCCAGGCCGUUAGUGGAGUGGCUCAGAAACCCUGGCCCCCAGCACGAGAAGCGGACUCUGUUUGGAGACAUGGUGUGCUUCUUGUUCAUAACGCCCCUGGCCACCAUCUCGGGCUGGCUGUGCCUGCGGGGCGCCGUGGACCACCUGCACUUUAGUAGCCGGCUGGAGGCCGUGGGACUGAUUGCCCUCACUGUGGCGCUCUUCACCAUUUACCUCUUCUGGACACUAGUGUCAUUUCGGUACCACUGUCGACUGUACAACGAGUGGCGUCGGACCAAUCAGAGGGUGAUUCUCCUCAUUCCAAAGUCUGUCAAUGUGCCCUCUCAUCAGCAGUCCUUGCUGGGGCUCCACUCGGCUAAGAGGAACUCGAAGGAGACCAUUGUUUGAUGUCCGCGUGGUCAGCCGGUAGACCCACUGUUUGGAAGUCUCUGCACUGGGGGCCCUGCGCUGAGCCACCAGCCCGAAGCCCUUCCCUUAGCCUUGUGGGUCUAGGAACAAAUGGAGCCGUGUGACCACAUCGCCUGAGUAACGAACUCGGCCAGAAGGAAGCAAAUGCUGUUUGACUUCAAAAUCAUGAAUGCUGCACUCGUAUGAUACUUGCUAAGCUGCCAAACACAUCUAUUUAGCAGAUACUGUAUGGGAUUCUCGGAACACCUCUUUACCAUAUGAGGAAGGUUGUCCUGCUGAGGAUGCAAUUCAAUUCUUCCUUUUUUUUAUUACUAUUUCAAAUAUAUGUAUAUAUAUAGAUAUAUAAAUAUAUAAUUUAGACGAUAAUCAGAAUUUAAAAGCCAAUGUACAAACUGGUUUCUUGGUUUGGAUGGGUUUUAUUUGGGCUAGUUUCUUCAUUUCCCGGUUUCUACUGUGGAUUCUUUGGCGGCUAACUUGAUAGCCAGAGUGGUCUUUCUCAUCUCUUUCAUGUCCCUUACUCAAGGCGACAGCAUAAUUACUGCAGAACAAGUCACAUCUAAAGGGUGUUUUGUACUAAACCUCAUUUAGUUAUUCAGUUUUUAAAGGGAAAAACAGGCGUGGCUACUCGCCACACCGUGAGCUGUUUAUUUAAAUAUUAUUAAGGAGGAAAAUGAAGGCAAGAAGCUCGCGCCUUUCAACUUGUUUGGUACUGACAGCUGAUAGAAGCUAUUUUCUAAUAAUAAAUAUCUGGUGUGUGAAAGACAA